AUGAACUCUUCAGGCAUGAAGUUCGCAUUUGUCGUUUGGCUGAUGUGGGCAUUCAGUGUCCUAGUAACUGGCGGUAUAGUUACUCGACACACUAACAUCAAGUGUGAAAUUCACGAUCAAUCCUUUGCCGAAGUAAAAGUGUGUCGAUUGAAAGUCCUGGGUCGUGGCAUUAUCGGAGCUAACGUGCACUUGCAUAUUCUAAGCCUGCCAAUAAAGACGACACUAAUCAAUUUUAGCGUAUUUAAAAAAAUGUCCGGCUAUCAUCCAUUCCUGUUUAACAUCACCGCGGACCUUUGUCACUACAUGAAGCACCCGAAUCCCUCAAAUGUGUUCUUUUACUUUUACAGGGCUCUAACGCCCUACAUAAACGUGAAUCACACUUGCCCAAUUAACUAUUUCUCAAAACAGCACGAUGUCAUUUUAAAGGACUUUGUUCUAGAUGACAAAAUGUUCUCCAUUGUUCCCGCGCCCGUGGGCAGCUAUAUGUUUCUGAUUAAAUUAAUAGCUAAUGGUGCCUUGAGGGCAACUAUUUAUUCCUACUUGGACAUUAACGUUGAUAAACCAUAG